CACGUGCUCGCAGGGACAAUCGCACUUCCGAUAUCGUCGGUGUGAGUGAGCACGAGUGAACUGCUUAAUCAUGAAGCGCGAUCUGUGAAAGGCGACGGGACGGGUUCUGUGACUCAUGCAUCGAUAUAUAACACUGGAUGAAGCAUUGACUGAAAAUUUUCUGCACAGACGUAGAAGAAACGAAAUGUUGGUACUUUAUUUCUUUUACUGGAUCUAGCAACAUUGGUUUGAAGAGGUUAAAAUUGAGACAACCAACGAAAAAACCGGUUAUAUAUAUUUAUAAAGAUGAGCCGGAAGGAAGCAUUGUCUCAAUUUAUACAACAAAUUCAUGGACGGCCUGUUGUUGUAAAACUGAAUAGCGGCGUUGAUUACAGAGGUGUACUAGCUUGUAUAGAUGGGUAUAUGAAUAUAGCACUUGAACAAACAGAAGAAUAUGUUAAUGGACAAUUAAAGGAUAAAUAUGGAGAUGCCUUUAUAAGGGGAAACAAUGUGUUGUACAUUAGUACACAGAAACGUAGGAAUUAAUCACACUGUAUAAAUAAAAACUAAAUGUUUAUUUAAUAAAGCAUUUAAAAAAAUUCGUUUA